UCAGCGCAGCAGGAGGCAGUUUUUAUAGCAUCCUGACACAGACAAACGAGGGAUAUGAAGCACCGUGCCGCCUCCCCAACCGGUUAGCGUCCAGUUUCGUGAUCUCCUGCUCUUCAACUUUGCCCUGGCGGGAUAUACAGUAUGUGAUCUGGCGGAUCAGAAGAUGAACGAGACCGGAGUUCAAACUCUUGCUCCGGAGGCAUGUGAGCAGCAAAUGUCGCUGGAGGACAACAGCGGGAACUGCAGCGCAAGUUGCAGCGGGAACCUGUCGCUACACUGCUGGCUGCAGCUGCUCACGAGAGAAUCGAGCUCGGAAUUCCAGGGAGACGGCGCCAGCCUCGUGGUGCGUGUGAUGAUCGCGUGCGUCUACUCUGUUGUCUGUGCGCUGGGGCUGGUUGGGAACGUGCUGGCGCUCUGUCUGCUGCACUCGCGUUACAGGCAGAAGCAAUCGUCCAUCAACUGCUUCGUUAUGGGGCUGGCGAUCACCGACCUGCAGUUUGUCCUGACUUUACCCUUCUGGGCGGUGGACACGGCCCUAGACUUCCGUUGGCCGUUCGGCCGAGUCAUGUGCAAAAUCAUCAGCUCCGUGACCACCAUGAAUAUGUACGCCAGCGUUUUCUUCCUCACGGCUAUGAGCGUCGCACGUUACUAUUCGAUCUCGUCCGCGCUCAAGAUGCACAGCAGGAGGGCGGCGGCCACCCGGGCCAAGUGGACCAGCCUGGGCAUCUGGGCCGUGUCCCUGCUGGUCACGCUGCCUCACGCCAUCUACUCCACCACCGCCCAGAUGUCGGACGAGGAGCUUUGCCUGGUGCGCUUCCCAGACACUGCCAACUGGGACCCGCAGCUUCUUCUGGGCUUGUACCAUCUGCAGAAGGUCCUGCUGGGCUUCCUCAUCCCUCUGAUCAUCAUUAGCGUGUGCUACCUGCUUCUUCUGCGCCUCAUCCUCAGCCGACGUAUUUCCGGUGCCGCCGGGCCGGAGGUGGAGCAAGGCCGCCAAAACCGCCGUUCCAAGGUCACCAAAUCCAUCGUGAUUGUGGUUCUGUCCUUCUUUCUCUGCUGGCUUCCCAAUCAGGCGCUGACACUGUGGGGGGUUCUCAUCAAGUUUGACAUGGUCCCCUUCAGCAAGGCGUUUUACAACGCGCAAGCCUACGCCUUCCCGCUGACCGUGUGCCUGGCGCACACUAACAGUUGCCUCAAUCCGGUGCUCUACUGCUUGAUCCGCCGCGAGUUCCGGGCCGGUCUCAAGGAGAUUGUCCUCCGCACCACACCGUCCUUCAGGGGUCUGACUCAUCUGUUUCGGCGCAAAGGCAAAGUGGCAGAGGCGCCACCCGUCAUGGUGCUGGUCCAAAUGGAUGUGUGAGUAGAGGACAGAUGGAUGGAUAGAAGGCUUCGAUGGCUUUUCCAAGUUGACGAAGCAGCUGUCGUUGUGCAUUUGCAAUGGGUUGCCUCACCCUAAUCCUCAAGACGGCAAAUGACAACACCUUUUCUUUUUAUUGCGCUUUUGAGAGGAAUAAUCAGCACGCUCUCUACAGCGGGACGUGGCCCACUUUCCCCCUUUCCUCCCAAACUUUCUGCCGUUCACUCGUUCUUUUUCUUGCUCUCUUUGUCCCUCUGCGACACCACACAGUUCUCGUGACGCCCUCCCCUCGAAACGUAAUCGUGAAUAUGCAUCAAUGUCAAUCAUAAAUGAGAUUU